CAAACAAAACUAGAGUUGUGAUUGGAUAAUUUUUUCUUUUCUUGACUCUGAUUGGCUAACUUUCGAUCCCGCCAUUUAUCAAACUAUCAAAAUGUCAAGCUCUAAAAAACAAUUUUGUAAAAAUACAGCUGUUUCAUCUAGKUUUGCUGGUURAAAUGUCACAAGUCUAAAAGAACUUUAUAUUUUUCAGACUUAGGCCUUYWUUUAGCAAGAAAGACCAUKUACGGGAUGAGAAAAUUGCGCUCAAACAUUGUGUUUUAUGACGAGAGUUCGAAAACAAGGAUCACAGGACUGAAUGAUUAGCAUAACAUUGUCACAAAAUMAACCAAUCAUUUUCCAGUUUACUGCGUUUUCUCAGAGGUUCGAUAGCAUGCAUAUAUAGAUUUUUCUCGUAAAAAAGCCAUCAUUCUUAUUUCAAAGUUGUCUUUAGAAAAAUGACUGGAAGAGGCAAAGGAGGAAAAGGUCUAGGAAAAGGAGGCGCCAAGCGUCAYCGUAAGAUYCUUCGUGAUAACAUCCARGGUAUCACYAAGCCCGCCAUYCGUCGUCUUGCUCGWCGUGGUGGAGUCAAGCGUAUUUCUGGCUUGAUCUACGAAGARACCCGWGGUGUCCUYAAAGUKUUCCUYGAAAACGUGAUCCGUGAUGCUGUCACCUACACAGAGCACGCAAAGAGAAAGACCGUCACUGCCAUGGACGUCGUCUACGCUUUGAAACGCCAGGGACGUACUCUGUACGGUUUUGGUGGUUAGAUGACUUGAUCAUCUUCAUAAACAACGGCUCUUUUCAGAGCCACCACAUGAAAUAAAAGAAAAUGACAAAAAAUGCUUAAGUUAUAGAUCUCAACAUAUACAAUAUAAACUUAUUGAUAAAAGUCUAAGAAAUCAUCUUUCCAUUCGUAUGGUAGCUGGAAGAUACUUCAACACUGCAAAAAUUGUGAUUACCAUAUAGCCCACAGCAUGCUUCAGUCUUCACCUGUAAAAAAUCUUUUGUUUUCAUCAUAAACUAAGUUCCCAUAUGAAAAACAAAAUUCUGCAUGUAAAAUAAGUUGUAGAAAGAUGCUGAUAAGUGGUAACUGACAUAUCUGUUAUAUUCAUCAUUUACCACAAUAAACUCCUUAUAUUACGUCACUUA